CGAAGUUCAUGAGUGGCGGGUUGUCCCAGACCUCAGCAGGUUUACACGUCGCUCAUGAGCAGCAGCUAAUGCGCCGUUGGUCGGUAAACGCCGCACAAGGCAUGAUUCCCGGAAGAAGUGCGAUGGGUUGACCGGACAGGCUGCAACAACAACCUGGAAAUGGGAGGCCCUGAAGAAUAAACUUCCGCUGACGGAAGCGCAGGAAGAUGGCGUCGUUGGCCAAGCGCCGCGCGUUGGAGGAUGCGGAGGGGACGGGCAGCGGCAGUGGGAGCAGCGGGUCGGGGGAAGGGUCCGGCGACAGCGGCGAGGACUCGGCAGAAGAACUGCACGAGGAAGUGCAAAUAGAUUUUGAAGCACAUACCAUAUCUGACAGUGAUUGCAAUGGAAUCAAGAGAUUGUUACAGCAGUUAUUUCUCAAGGCCAGUAUCAACCUCACCGAACUCGCUGAUAUCAUUAUACAGCAAAAUCACAUUGGAAGUGUUAUACGGCAAGCAGAAGUCUUGGAUGAAAGUAAUGAAGAUGAUGAUGAAGAUGGAGUUUUUGGAUUUAUCACAGUUUUAAAUCUGACUGAAAGAAUGGGAACUGAAUCUGUAGAACAGAUUAAAGAUUUGGUUCUGAGCCAGUGCAAGACCCAUCAUCCGAUGGCAGCUGAGCAGCUGGAAAAAAUACUAAAUGACAACAGCAAGCCUGUGAAUUUUCUCAUCAGUGAGCGCUUCAUUAAUGUGCCACCUCAGAUCGCUCUGCCCCUGCACAAACAGCUCCAAGCAGAAUUGGUUGAUGCCCAAAAGACCAAUAAACCUUGUGGCAAGUGUCAUCAUUACCUUAUAAUCAGCAAGGCCUGCAUGGAAGCAGGAAAGAAAAAGCCACAUCAAAGGGGCAAGCAGAAAGAAGAUUUAAUGUUUGCAAAUGCAGAAGAUGAGUUCUUUUAUGAGCAAUCAAUUAUGAAAUUCAGCUACAGUGUGGAAGAGGAGAGUGACAGCUGUUUAUCUGGACGUUGGGCAUUUGACGAUGUUCCCAUGAAGCCUCUUCGUGUAGUAAUGCUAAUUCCUGCUGACCGCUUAAACGCAGUUAUGGACAAACUCAAAGAAUACUUAUCUGUAUAACCAAUAUCUUUCACUUUGGCUAAUGGACAAAUUUCAAACUAUAAAUAUUUAGCAUUUUGUCCUGUGAUUUUAAUGAACAAAUAAAAUUUUUAGACAAGAAUAUUAAACUUUUACAAGUAAAAU